GCCACAAGAUGACGCAAAUGUAAAUGAUACUGAACGUAGUGAUAGUGACGAUGAUGAUGAUUUUAAUUCUAUCCAUGAUUCUUCAAUACUCUUUUUGAUUUCUUCUUACGCUAGUGAAUAUAUUGAUAUUCAGC